UCCAAAUGUCCCCUUCCUGCUAAUAACCAGAAUUAUGGCAGUGGUGUUAUUUCGAUUACAAUGUAUGCAGCUCAUUAGCCGCUUUGUAAAGGUUAUUAUAUGGAAAAUAUAAAGCAAUCUGAACGGGAUAAAUAUAGACCAGUGGGGGUGUAACCACAGAGGCGCUAAAAGAUUCGCUUUGGAUCUCAUUCGAGUCCUGGAUGUUCAGCGUCACUGAAGGCAAGAUGUCCCCAGCCGCUCUCGCGUUGCCGUUGCUCGCCACGGUCCUCUACGCUUGGCAGGCCAGUGCCGAUGAGGACUGCCUGUCGUACGUGGAUAAAAAUGGCACCUGGCACAACGGCUUCGACUGCCCCCUCAUCUCCUUCUGCUGCGGGAACUGCCAGCACCGGUACUGCUGCCUGGACGACUUCAAGAUGAUCCGCGAGCGCGACCAGAAGCGCUGCAUGCUGUUCCAGAUCAGCCCGACCACCAUGGCGGGAAUCGCGUCCUCCGUGCUGCUGUUCGUGGUCAUCGUCAGCACACUGGUGUGCUGCUCCAUGUGCUCCUGCUGCUACAUGUACCGGCGCCGGAGAGAGCUGCGCCAGUCCACGCCCUGCGAAGGCCAGCAGAUCCCGAUGGCCAGUUACGCCGGACACCCCGUGUACGAUGCGCACGGCAAGCCGAUCGGCCAGCCCGAGUACCAGUACCCCGCCUACGCCGCUACCCCUGCACCCCCGGGCCAGCUGGCGUACCAGCCGGGAAUACCCCAGCCCUACCCCGCCAUGGUCCCCGGACCCUACCCACCGUACCCUCCAGUCAACCCCGAAUACGGCCCAUCGCCGCCCCCUCCGUACUCUCCACCACAGUAUCCGGGCAACUGAUGGGACAGCAGCCAAUGGGGAGAGAGGAGGAGGUGGGGAUUCCCCCCCGCCCCCCCCACCAUCUCUGCCUCUCCUGGCUCCCUUCCCCCAUGUCCAUAACCAACAUUUCUGACUCGUCUGUUUCACCUUUCCCCCUUCCCCCUCGGGGACGGAGCAUGAUCUGAGCUGGGCUGCUCUCGCGCUUAAACUCUGGCUUUCUAACAACACGAGCGGUGGAGACGCCUAGACCCCCUCCGAAACAUCGUCGCAUCAUGUCGCCUUCACCCGCGUUUCGUUCUGAAAGACCCCCUGCACGUCGGCUUCGUCUGGAGAGAGUGUCCGGUCUGGUCCUGUGGGCGGAAUGUCCAAACAUCUGCUGGUGGACCUUCCUGUCGAGGGCCUCUCAAGACUCACGCUUUUAAUAGGAGCUCAAUUUCACAGGAACGAUUCUUAUUUCCACAGCGAUGACGGCUACAGGUUCUCUCUCUCUCUUUCUCUCUCUCUUUCUCUCUCCCUCUCUCUUUCUCUCUCUCUUUCUUUCUCUCUCUCUCUCUCUCUCUCUCUCUCUUGCUUGCUCUCUCUAUCUGUCUCUCUCCCUCUCUGUCUCCCUCUCUUCACAUUGGGACGCACUGGUAUAUUUUCAAAGACGCUGCUACUGAGUGUCUUUUUCCGUUUGUGUUUGCUCCAUUCGCCUGGUGGCAGGACGGGGUGAUUCUGGCUCUCUGCGUCCUGGUGAAAAUCAGUGCCAUAUUUAUGCACAGGCCGGCUUCCGCCUCUUGCCGUAAGGACGCCACAUUUACGUUCUUUUGAAAAUCCAGAUUCUGGUCCUGGUGAUUUAUCAGAAUCGCCAGCUUUGCUAGAAUCAAAGAAACGAAUGUCACUCAUUUUUUUACAUUGUAGGGCAAGAUAAAAGAUUGCAGUAUAUAUUUCACCGAGGCUGUGACAAACUAGUCACAGUGUAAACUAGUUUAUUGUGCUAUCCUCAUUCAACUUAAAUGGUCAGUUUAUAUUGUGCAAUUAGCUGCAUUUUCAAAAAUUAUGCAUGUUAUUUAUAAUUAAGAGUUCAGUUUUAACUGUAUUCUUGUUGAGAACUUGUCCAGGAAGUUGACUGUUGACUUAAUUAAAGCUAUUGCUCAUUAGCUGCGGUAUUGACAGCGCGAGGGGGUGCCGUGGUAUUCACUCUUGUCCUUGGAGGGCUGCAGGGUGCCUGGUUUUUUCCACUUCUAACUGGCAACAAAUUCAAACUGAAGGAAACGGACUGCUUCUUGGAUGAGACACGAACACGGCAAACGCUUUUACAAAAUUGAGCCACUAGGAGGACGACUGUGCACAGUGGGACCCAAUUCCUAAAUAUGCCAAAUAUCCCUGCUUUUUGGUUACAACCCUGGCAUGCCCAUCAAAUGGGCGAAAAUCUGAAAUAUUGUUGCAAAACACUGUGACCUCACUGGAAACGUAGGGUCCAAGGCAAACAAAUGGCAAAACGGUUCUCAGCCUGAACACGACCGUAGCUGAAGUGAUGUAACGGUUUAAUUAAAUGUCAAGUAAUGUAAAAAAAAAAAAACCAGGAGACCCUAUGGCUUGUCAAUGGCAAGAUUGAAUUGCGCUGUGCUGUGCGAGUGCUUUAAGCAUGGAGAAAGCACUUUACCGAUAAAUUCAUGAUUAUAUGCGCAGUUAGCAGAAUCAAGUCACUUUCCUCUAAUUACAAAAACUGGAGAUUUACCUCCUCAUCUAUAACUGCAUGCUAAUGCUAAAACCUGCGGGAUGGCAGAUGGUUUCUGAUGGAGCGGCCUACCUUCAUAUGUAUAAAAUCAUGUAAAAUCAUAGAUGCAUUUAGUAAUUAACAGUGCUUGUAGCAGUGUACGCUGAGCAGGGUAGUCGGAAGCUAUACUUGCGGAUUCACGGACUGCUGCGCCCCUUUCGAUAUCCUCUCUGCUGCUGUGUCGUUUCUGACACACUUUCAGUUUCUCUGUAAUCAAAGCACAUAUAGGCACAGUUCUUAAUGCCUUGAACUUACAGUUGGUAAACGUAUUUUGUUUUUGAGAACGCAAGUCAAGUAGCAUUUAUUUUUUGCGAGCUGUACAGAAAGGCUAUUCAUUUGUUGGGUCUUAUUAGGCUUUGCUAUGUUUGCAGAAAGCUGACAGUGGAAAAAUAAUGUACUUUUGAGGCUAUUGAUUUAUUAAACUAUAUCUAAAAUGAAUAGCCUAUUUUUUUAAAUAUAAAGCUAGAGUAAUGCAAGUAACCAUUCCAAUAAAUUAUUCAAUUUAAAAUUGGUGUUUGGUGUUCAUUUUCUAAGUUCUGGCCGACCCCCAUUCCUGAAGGGUUCCUAUCACUGCGACUCUAUUGGCUGUAAAUAUACGCUGUCCCACCACCAGUCAAGUGGAGCCAUUGGUCCCGCCCCCAUGAAAAGCCGACAACAUAUCACAAGGAACGGUACAAAAAUUAGCAAGCCAUUCAGGGCGAACUUCCUGUUCCAACAGUUUUAGUGCUCAAAUGUUUCUUCAGCGGUGAUCUCAAAAUCAUGUUCUGGAGAUCCGCCACACCUUCCGGUGUGUGGUUCCCUUUCAGUCAGCAACCAAUUUAGGCCUUUAAAAUAUGUUUGUGACCGUUUAGCACAGGGAUGCUCAAUCCAGAAGGGGCUGAUGUGGGUGCAGGCUUUUGUUCCAACCAAGUAGUUACACACCCAAUUCUACUAAUCAAGGUCCUUAGUAGAAUAGUACAAUCAGGUGUGUAACUGCUUGGUUGGAACAAAAGCCUGCACCCUUUGAUUGAGUAUCCCUGGUUUAGCAAAUUAUUUUCUUAAAUUAAGCAUUUAUGUCCUGAAGUACACCGAAGCCUUUGUGGCCAGAAUCUAUGUGGAAGUGUUUGCCAGCUGUUUUGCCCAUCGAAAGACUGUCACAUGGGCAGACCAUUUCAUUGCUGGCUAAUUGUAUGAAAAUGAACACGUUCACAUCAAAUAUGUUACAUAAAAAGCUAUACUAUAUGAUGCAACCUUAUUACCCAUAUUAAAUGGGUCCAAUUGUUUUAGAAGUACCAGUGACUUUAAUACAUACACAGUAAAAUUUCGUAUAAACUGAACCAGGGGAGGAUUGUAUCCUGCUUAGUCUAAUCAACUGUACGUCGCUCUGGAUAAGAGCGUCUGCCAAAUGCCAUUCAUGAUAAAAUUUUACUGUGUAUUUAGAUGAGGAAAUAUUAUACGCCCUUAGUCAUCCGAGAAUUAUCCAUUAUUUUGGAAAUCUUUUUUUUGCACGACGGGCCAUGUAGCCUACAAAUAUGACAGUUUUAUUCAACCUGUGUUUCAGCACACUUUCAGUAGGCUUAUGUCUUAUCGCAUGCUUCAACGGUUUGUUUCUUCGUUGAACUGUUAAUACAUUUUGGUAAUAUCUCACUUUCCCUCGUCUUUUAUUACGCAUGAUAUAGGCUACUGAAUAGUAGGUGAGUUAUUUGUAUGUAAUGAUAAUUCUGUGGGGUACAUGUUUUGCACCGAGACAAGCGUAUCCUACUUCAGACGACACGCUACUAAUACAUAUCUGAGGUGUUAAUAGUGUCGUAGGACAGUCGAAUAUAAUAGAUUAAACCAAAAGCUUUUUCUGGCAUUUCUGAAGUAGCAUAGUUAUACCCGACAUGGCAAUCAUGAGAGGCAGUGAUAAAUGUCACCAUUAGAUAUAUAUAUAUUCAAGGAAAUGACCAUCAAACAGUUAGAUAAUCUGGGUUUGGUCUUCUUUUUAAAAUAAAUACAGCAUUUCCCCCCCAAAUAAUGAUAUACAACACAACCGUACGCUACAGGGUUAAAGACUGAUCACGAGCGUUGAAUGUAACUGUACUUGUUUCUUUGUUCGACUGUAUGGCACGAUGAUAUAGUAACAUUGUUGUUGUUGUUUUUUUCUUUCUUAUAGGCCUACAUUAAGGAUGACGUAUUUGAAUGUAAACCGCUGUGGUGCAGAAUGUAUAUCAAAUUGUUCGACGAAGUAAAAACACGUUUUAUAUACAAAUUGUCUAUUGUAGCCUAAUAAAUAAUACUCGACUACA